AUGGACUAUUUAUUGGCAUUUGCCGCUCAUGAAUUCGUGAAUUUUCGGGAGCUAGAAGUUCGCUCACUGCUUACAAUAAGUGGAAUGAGUCAAGAGUGUAUUCCUGAGGAUACUAACUGGAGUAAUCCGUAUGUUAAAAUAAAACUUCCCAGUGACGAAAUUGCCGCAAAGUUCAUCGAACGCAGUAUGUUGGUUAAGUUUAUCUACUCAGUUUGGGCCACGGCGUCUACCUUUGAUGAGCUCCUCUUGAAGCACCAGUUGCACAUUAUUUUCGAAUUCACCAAGGCCAAAACUCAUCAAAAAGAUCAGUUGCUGUUACGAGUCUAUUACGGCCGCGAGGUAGGGGAGAGUUCGCGAAGACGCAUCCUGAAUGAAUUCCAUCUAUCGAAACGCACGUAUUUGGGCAACACCACCAUGGAUGUCUGCCUGGCGGGUAUCAUUGCCAACGCAUGUCUCUGUGGCCCUGGUGACAUAGUCUGGGAUCCGUUUCUCGGGACCGGUGGUAUGGUGCUGGCUGCGUCAGUUUGGGGAGCCUAUGGUGCGGGCAACGAUAUCGACUAUGCCCUUGUUCAUGGAAUCGGGGCUUCACCGAAAGCCGGACAGGGCAAACGAAAUGCUGAUGAGUGCCUUCGCGCCAACUACCGUCAGUACAACCUGCUAUCGCGCUAUCUGGACGUUCUGGUUGCAGACGCGGCAUCCUUGGGUCGUCUGUUGCGCUGCUCGCCUACUGUAUCAGGCCUCUUCGAUGCCAUCGUCACGGACCCGCCUUACGGCGUGCGUGAGCGCACUUGCCGCGUUGCCAGCGAGGCAAUUGAGAGGGAGCCCUCCAUGCAGACCACGACGUACAUUGACGAAAUUACCGGCGAAAAACAAUUCGCGAUGGUACCCGACAAAGACGGACUUGUCCCCGUCCCUCAUGAUUUGCCUCACUUUCCCCACAAGGAAAACUAUCCGCUGCAGGAAAUUUUUGGAGAUCUGUUGGAGCUGGCCAGUCUCCUCCUUAAGCCACGAGGUCGGCUGGUCUUCUGGGUGCCCGUGAGCAAAAGCAAAUACAGCGGACCUCACUCUCUACCCACCCAUCCACGUUUUGAACUCAUCAGUGUCUGUGAACAAGCUCUGAAUCGGGGUACCUCACGGUUCCUCCUAGUAAUGGAGAAAUUGAUGCCCGAGGAGGCAGACGUUUGCCCCUUGUCGGAGUCUCCCAAUGAAACGAUUGAUGGUGGAGGAAUGACCGAGAGCAGUCGUCGGGAGGAGGGAUUUUCUGAGGCUGAAAUCGAGGCAUUUAUCAACAAACUGUCUCUAAUGGAUUCGAACAACUGGUGUCACUCAAGCGGUGUUGGUGAGCGUGAGGGUCGCAUCUUGCUCAAUCUCGUUAGACGACGUCAUUUUGGCCUGGCACACGGAAUCGGGCGUUCUGGCGACAUCACGGCCAUCCAACCGAAAGCUUCGGGCUCGAGUCUCAUCAAUCGGCUUUCGAAUGCACUGCUUUUGGAUUGGCUUCGCAGGUCUGGUGCGCCUAGUACAGAGGCUUGCCUUCUGGUUCCGAUGGCAACUGGGAUGACCUUGACACUGUGCCUCCUCACCCUGAAACGUCGGCGUGGACCGCAGGCAAAGUAUGUAAUUUGGCCGCGGAUUGACCAGAAGUCCUGUCUGAAGUGCAUCACUGCUGCCGAUCAAGAUAACGCAAAACUCCAGUGGCCAAAACACAGCGGCUCUCCCAUCACGGAGUGCAUAAACAGUGACACCUCGCCUCGGAACGAGAUGUCAACAAGCCAUCAAUCUUCAGCAACGCAGGCUGCGCAAACAAUCCGUACGGAGAGACGCUACGAGAACACCGCGGCUUGGACUUUGUUCUAUCAGCUAAGGAUAUCCCUUACUGGCGAAGGUAGUCCGCGAUUCCACUAG